UUAUUUUUAUGUGUAAUGCUAAUAACAUAAUAUAUUUUUGUAAUUUUUGUUAAACUGAGCAAUCUUUUUUGUUGUCUUCUUGUGGUGUCAAAUAGGUUUGUGGUGCUAUCUUUUAAAACAUGGGCAAACCAUGUAAGCUGAAGGUUUAAAUACUGUUUUCAAUGUCAUGUGUGAUCUUCAGUGACAAGGACUUUAAAAAGGUACAAAACUGUAAGUCUUGAUAAUAUUUUACAGUAAGAAUGGACCAAUUUGCUGUGGGAGCUUUAGCCGCAAUGGCUGCCACGACAAUAACAAAUCCGCUCGAGGUAGUAAAGACUCGGUUCCAACUCCAAGGAGAGCUUAGAGCCAAGGGUCAUUAUGCGGUGCACUACAGGAAUUUCUUCCAUGCCAUGUACGUAAUCGGCAAGACGGAUGGGCUGCGAGGUCUGCAAAAAGGGCUUGCUCCAGCCCUUUGGCAUCAGCUCUUCAUGAAUGGCAUACGCCUUGGCAUGUUUCAGCUAGCAGAAGACCACAAGAUCACACUCAAAGGAGAUGGUCAGGUCUCUAUACCGAAGACUGCACUCGUUGCAGCUGUCGGUGGUGUCGUAACUGCCUUCUCUGGAAGUCCUUUUUUUCUGAUUAAAGUCCAGAUGCAGGCCCAGUCUAGUAAAUCUAUUGCUGUAGGAACUCAGCAUGAUGUAGAGGGAACUUUUUCAGAGAUUCGUAAAAUAAUUAAAACCCAGGGUGUAAAAGGGCUGUGGCGUGGUGUCGGCGGUUCCCUUCCAAGGCGUUUCAUUGGAUCUGCAACCCAACUGACCAGUUUUACCUUAUUGAAAGAAUUUUUUGCUGAGAACAAUAUAUACCAAAUAGAAAAGGGCUUCAUGAAUUCAUUCCUGUCAAGCAUGAUCGGUGGCAUUGCUGUGACUGUCGUCAUGAAUCCUCUAGAUGUGAUAUCGACAAGGCUGUACAACCAAGGUGUGGAUAAGAAUGGACGAGGGUUGCUCUACUCGAGCUAUUUUGACUGUGUUACAAAAAUGUACCGCAUCGAGGGAAUAAGCGCGUUUUAUAAAGGGGUCGUCCCUCUCUACAUAAGGACUGGUCCUCAUACAGUCCUUGUUCUAGUCUUCUGGGACUUACUAAAGGACCUACAGAAAAAAGUUAAAGAUUAAAACUUUUAGUAUUUAAAAAAUAUAUAUCAUCAAACUCACAUGAUAAAAGAUAACAAUAUGUGAUUUUCGUUGCCUUAAUUUAUAGUGAACAGUAUUAAAUUUUUUUAGUUUUUACAUUGUUACCAUAGUGUGUAUUUAUUUUUAAAAUAAAACUAUGAAAAUAUG